GCGCUGAUCUGCAAAAGCGUUGGCCGCCGUGGUGGUGUCGGACGGUGCGCGCACUGCAUGGCGACGUCGACGUCGACGACGACAAAGACGGCGACGAACACGGCCGGCCGAGAGCAUCCUUAAUGUCAGACGCGAGCCGCCUCUCGGCCUCAGUUUUGUUUACCGUGUCCUCGCGUAAACAGCGGAGAGCCGGCGCCGACGAACACGGCAGCAGCGAUGAGGCCCCGUUCUCUGCCUCUGCCUGCCACCGUCGUCAUCCUGAUCCUGAUCGCGGUACCCGGCCUCGACGGUGACGGUAUCUCCUACAACACAGCGAAGACAUGGGCGCACAAAUUGGGUUUCGAGCUGUCGCAGUUGGGCAAGUACGUGACCAACGUGGAGAAGUUUCACGAGAGCUACAAGCAGGCGGAGGUGAAGCCUGUUGAUGGCGAGGCGCUCGUCCGCGAGAUCGCCAGGGACAUUAAGGCGAUGAUGGAGUCCAAGAUCUCCGCCAUUAAGAGGAUCAUGGACGUAGCAGAGACGUCGGCGUUGUCAGCGCCGGACGCCGAUCCGCCGGAAUCGUUUAAUUACAUCAACGCGAAGAACAACACCAUCGAACUGAAGCACAGCUUCCACUUCGGCGGCCAGGUUAAUCUGAACAUGUCGGCGGUCCACGUGCCGACGAACGUCUACGACAGGGCGUCGGACGUGAUCAGGGCGAUCAAAUGGUCCGAGGAGCUCGACAAGACUUUUAUAAACAACUACGAGCAGGACCCAUCGCUCUCGUGGCAGUACUUCGGCAGCGCCACCGGCUUCAUGCGACAAUAUCCGGCGACCAACUGGUUCAUGGAGCCGGUCGAUCUCUUCGACUGCAGGACCAGGAGCUGGUACAUCGAGGCCGCGACCAGCCCCAAGGACGUCAUCAUUCUGAUCGACACGUCCGGCAGCAUGACCGGGAUCCGCAGGGAGAUUGCCAGGCACGUGGUCAACAAUAUCCUCGACACGCUCGGCAACAACGAUUUCGUCAACAUCAUCACGUUCUCGAACGUCACCAAAGAGGUGGUGCCGUGCUUCAACGACACUCUGGUCCAAGCGAAUCUGGCGAACGUCAGGGAGCUGAAGAGGGCGAUCUCGAAUCUGGACACGGAGAAGAUCGCGAACUUCUCGCUGGCCUUGACCACCGCGUUCGAGCUUCUCGAGUCGUAUCGCGAGGAGAGGGAGGGCGCGAGGUGCAACCAGGCGAUCAUGCUGAUAACGGACGGCGUGCCGUACAGCUACAAGGACAUCUUCGAGACCUACAAUUGGAAGGACAAUCCGGACGAGCCGUUCAAGGCCGACAUGCCGGUCAGAAUAUUCACAUAUCUGAUCGGUCGGGAGGUGGCGGACGUCAGGGAGGUGCAGUGGAUGGCCUGCGCCAACAGGGGAUACUUCGUGCACCUCUGCACUUUGGCCGAAGUCAGGGAACAGGUGUUGAAAUACGUGCCGGUGAUGGCUCGACCUCUUGUUCUGGGUCGCAACGACCAUCCCACGAUUUGGACGCCGGUCUACGCGGACAUCACGGACCCGAAGAUGACCGACUGGCUGUGGGAGCAGCGCGAGAGCGAGGAGCAGAAGGAGAGAUUUCUCCGGCUGCACAGAAGGAAGAAGCUGUAUAACGCGGAGGAGAGGGACCGCAGGUUCGUGAAGAAGCAGAAGAAGGCUCACGAUCAGUCCGGCGACCUUCAGGAGUACAGGCUGAUGACCUCGGUCAGCAUGCCGGUGUUCGAUCGCCGCGAGAACGCGAACAUCACAAGGCAGGUGCUGGUGAACGAGGCGUACUGGGUGACAGAGACUAGAGAGACACGGAUCGCCGAUCUUCUCGGCGUCGCCGGCACGGACGUCCCAAUAGAAGAGAUCCAAAAGCUUAUGAUGCCGCAUCGGCUCGGCGUCAACGGAUACGCGUUCAUCGUGACCAACAACGGUUUCAUCCUGAUUCAUCCCGACCUCCGUCCAGUGAUGCGAUUGCAGUUCCAGGGCAUCCUGAAGCCGGCGUACAACAGCGUCGACAUGGCGGAGGUCGAGCUGAUGGAUCAGGAUAGAGGACCGAGAGAGUUCGACGAGGCGCUUCUAAUGCUUCGAAACGAAGUGGUCAAUCAGAAGAACGGUAGCGCGCAGCUUCACACGAAAUAUCAUUACGACGACAUGAAACGUGUGGGCAGAGUGAAGAGAAAGUACGAUCACACUGAAAUACUGAACACACCGUUCACGGUGGUGGUCAGCCUGCCGGAACAUGAUCGGGGCGGAAGCUAUCGCGUGCACGGAACCGAGGAGAUACAUCGCGCGCACGUUACUGGCAAGAACGUGUCGGACUAUUUCACUGGUAAAAACUGGCGGGUGCAUCCUCAUUGGUUGUACUGCAAAUCCAGAUAUCAUUUCGAGGACGAGCGACCGUUCGGUACGCCGGAAGCUCAGCUCCUUCACUUCCUGGAGCGUAUCCGCCAGCCAGCCUGGAAAUGGAAAGACAUGAAACAGCCGUCCCAGCCGCCGGAAUACUCGGCCACGAGUUCCGGUAACGACACCCAUCGGAAAUCGAAACCCACGGCUUAUAAAGCGGACAAGUACUUGUACUACUGCGACAGGGAUCUGCUUCUGAGCCUGGUGUUCGACGCAAAGGUAACCGAAUGGUUUGCGAACCCCAGCACCACGCGCGAGGAAAAAGGACCUUUAGCUAGGCUGAUGAAUCUGCUGCCCAGGAAAGAGUUCCAACAACGUUUCGGCGUGACGGUCGCGUUCAUGGCCACCCACAGCGGCCUGACCAGAUGGCAAGACUUCCUCACGGACGAGGAGGGCGCCAUUCCCGAGGACCACUUCAGCAAGAUGUACCCGAGAGCCAUAGACGAAGUGUGGUACAAGCGAGCCGUGGAGCAGAACUACGUCCAGCCGGAGAGCUUCGUCUUUUCUGUGCCAAUCGACGAGGAGGGCGCCGACAACACCACCCUCGUCACUGCCAGUCGUGCCAUUUUUAUCGGAAGUCAAACGGCGAGGGCGCCAGCAGCAGUAGUCGGUUUCCAGUUCGAGCACACUGCCCUCCAAGGACUCUUCCAGAACAUAACCUUCAGCUGCGAGGGCAUCGGGUCUUGCCGCACGCACUGCGGCGCCGAGAACUGGGCCUGCUACCUUGUCGACAACAACGGCUACGUGAUCGCCGCCGAGGACGAGGCGAACGCUGGCAAGUUCUUCGGCGAGCUUAGGGGACCGAUCAUGUCGAGCCUCGUGAAGGAGGGCGUUUUCGAAAGGAUCAGGAUAUUCGACUACCAAGCUGUCUGCUUCAAGAGCAUGCACACUUCCAACAUCGCGAGUAUCUUGCUCACGCCGUGGAAGAACAUUCAGAAGAUAGCCACCUGGCUGUUGGGUCAAGCAGCAUGGGCUUGGGCGAAAGCUGGCAUGUGGGAAUCCGAAUAUGCUGAAGCAUUUGCUUACCCGAACGAGGACGAGGGCAUGCACAGAGAUUAUCAGGAGAGCGAGGAAAAGUCGCCGGUCGACCCGAAGGAUGAAAAAAUGUUCGAUCAAAAGGUUCUGAUCAACCGCACGCGGCCGGAGGCUUGCGACCAAGAGGUGUACCUGUACCUGCGGAACGUGUCGUUCGACAAGUUCGACGUCGAGCAGGACAUAAACGACAGCUGCAUGAGGUCGUACAUCGUCCAGCCGGUGGAGUUCAGUAACAUGUUGUUGCUGGUGGUGAACACGGACUGCACCGACACGGAGUCGCCAUCGUUGAGCGUGCUGCCGGAGGAGGUGAUGUACGAGAACAACUCCCUGGUGUGCCAGAAGGCGCUCAUCACCCUGAGGAGGAAGAAGCCCCAAUCCUGCAUCCGCACCCACUCGAGGGAGAGCGAAAUCAAGGACCUGUGCGGGCUGGCUGUGAUCGCGACGCCGAAUAUCUACCUCCUUACACUGUUGCCGACCGCGUGCGUCCUCGUCAGACGCGUCGUCUUCGGUCAUAAUUAAUUUACCCGGCUCGGAGACCUUCAUCGUAUAGGGGUUCGGGGCCAACGACGGCAAAGGAGGUGUGUCGACACACUUCCCUCGCAGCGGCCCUUCUUCGUCCUUCGUGACCGUCAUAGAAUCGCGCUAGCGACGCUCUCGAGCGAUGAGAUUACACUUGCCAAUCAUCGUUUAGCUUUUCUGAAAGAAAGAAAGUACAAUUCGGGCCGAUUCGUUGCGAAGUAAUCGAUGUUCUUUCUUUUCUUUUUUUUUCUCUCUCUGUUUUGUCAUAGUUACCGCGAUUUCAAGGUAUUUUAGGACAUAUCUAUAGCAACGCUGUACUAGCGGGUACACGGUCUCCUUGGUGCUGUGUGCUGCUGCUGUCUGCUGAUUGAUCGUCGAGUCGGCUGUCGCGCCACGCCGCGCAGGCCGGGUCUUCGCGUGCGCCGCCGUCGGCCAUGAUGGACACUGUCGUAAUCUCCGAGGGUCGGUUCAGGGUUCAGGCUAUUUUUUGUAUACAGGACGUCCCGGAAAUGUCUCGUAAUCCGGCAAUGGGAGGUUCCCGAGGUCAUUCGAAGCAACUUUUUCCUUUGCGAAAAUUUUC